UAGAACUGAAACCUAGAUGCAGGACAAAAAAAAUAUGCAACGUAUAGCAAAUGACAUGAUUACGGGAUCUUCCACUAUAAAACCCCGGUAAGUGGCUACAAACUCUGCUGCACAGGGAAAGGAUAAGUUAUAUACAGAGACACAGUAUGGCUACUGGGCAGGAAGCUUCGACUACAGCAACUACAAGAGAUAAAUAUAGGUCUUUCUUGCUUGAAGAUGAGGCAGGAGAAGUUCAAUGGAGGCAUUGUGCCCCUCCUACAUAUGAUAUGGUGAAUAAGCUCUUCGAAGAAGGCAGAACCAAGGAAUGGCCAAAAGGAUCACUAGAAGAGACAGUGCAAAAUGCUAUCAAGACAUGGGAGAUGGAGCUCUCACACAAGACCCGCUUGCGGGAUUUCAAGACCAUUAACCCUGACAAAUUUAAGCUCUUUGUCAAUGGAAGAGAAGGGUUAUCCGGAGAAGAGACUCUUAAGCUUGGGAGCUAUAAUGCUUUACUAAAGAAUUCUCUGCCAGAGGAAUUUCAAUACUACAAAGCAGAUAAAGAGACCUUUGAAUCAUCUCAUGAAGCUUUUCGAUCGGCUUUCCCUCGCGGAUUUGCGUGGGAACUGCUUGCCGUCUACUCUGGGCCUCCUGUGAUUGCCUUCAAAUUUAGGCACUGGGGCUUCUUUGAAGGCCCUUUCAAAGGACAUGCUCCUACUGGAGAGAAGAUCGAGUUCAUUGGACUCGGCACUCUCAAGGUUGACGAGUCCCUCAGGGUAGAGGAUGUUGAGAUUUACUACGACCCAGCAGAGUUAUUUGGAGGAUUGAUGAAGGGUUCCUAAGCCCAAGAUAAUCCCACCCACCAUCUGGGGUAGUUUGGUAUCUUCUAGUGAGUAAUAUUUCAUUCUGUAUAUUGCCUUUAAACCUUGAGAUAAAACAGUAGGCAAUGUAAUUUGUUUUUUAAAAAUAAAAAGCAACAGUAUAUAAUGUAAUUGAUCUAAGUCUUUUCUCCGUGGUAUGGAAGGUACAUGUGUUUUCCUUUAUAAUGCUAUUCUGGAAUGAGAUUUGAAAUCUUGGAAGAAAGCAUGUUAUCUCUCUGUGUUUAAGUCAUCAGGUUAUCUGCCUUCUUGAAUAAAA